AGCUCCAGUACCAUACCACCAACUCGGUACCUGGUGCCGGUGCACUCUCCGCUGGCUCGGUGGCUCCUUUCCAGCGACUUGAGUCCCACCACCGGUUCAGACUUUACGGUAUGGUCUGGUCUCAGUCUUAGUCUUACGGUCUUGUCAAGUCAGUCAGUCUACGACCACGGGAUUCACCGAUCGCGACCGCGGGUUCCGCCAGUUAUCAAUACACUGGACAUGCUACCGCUCAAAUACUCAUUUUUAUUUUAACGAACAAAAUUCAUUUUUUUCAUUUUUAUUAUUUUUAAAAUUAAGUGUCAAGUGAUUUAUUUAUUUUACUAAAAAAAUAGUGACAGUGAUGAGAUGUGUUGGACUUGAUCUGAGAUUUAUUAAAAUGAAUCCAUCCUUGGCAUUACUGCUAGUCUUAGCUUGCUCGCUCUGCAUAACGGCAGCGACUUCGCCGUGUCCAUGGGCAUCACACAUCACCGAACUAGAGAAUUCGUGUAUUUGCGAUUACAAUUUAGCACGAGAAUUGUCCGUCCAGUGUGACAUAGUAGAUUUUAGUCAAUUACUGUCAGCAAUAAGACGAUACGCGGCUCGAUCGACCGUAGACUUGUUUUACGUAAACAACAGUACGGUGGGAGUACUGAAAAAUGGCUCGUUCUCGACGAUACGGGUUAACAAUAUGCAAUUGUCUGGUUGCAAAAUAACUUCAAUUGAGGAUAAUGCAUUUCGCGGUCAAGAACUUUCUCUGCGGACUCUUAAUCUAAAAGACAAUGAAUUGACGGAUAUACCGACGAGCAGUUUAAAGUCGCUGCGUAAUCUAACAGUUCUUGAUAUUUCAUUGAACAAAAUAACUAAAAUCGAAGACAAUGCGUUUAGAAAUCUUAAGCUUGUGACUUUAAAAUUAGCUGACAAUGAGAUAACUCUAGCUCCCGCGGCGUUUCGCGGUUUAGAAAAGACGUUGAAAAAUCUAAAUCUCAAAGGAACGAAGCAAAAAAAAAUUCCCGAUGCUUUGCGUGGUCUAAAGACACUUGCGUUUUUAGAUUUAUCACAAAAUAGCAUAAGAGAAUUGCCUGGAGCCGCUGGUCAGAAGGCUUUCGAAGGCCUGGAUUCACUGACAGGUUUAAAUCUCGAACGAAAUUUAAUUCAGAGCAUCGGCUCAGACGCUUUUUACGGUAUAAAAAAUACUCUGAGCUCGCUGAGUCUUCUCAAUAAUUUGAUUCCUGAUUUUCCUACCGCCGCGAUCAACAUAAUUCACGACUUACGUGUUUUGGACAUUGGGUUCAACCUUAUCACUGAACUGCCGGUCAAUGCGUUUGCCAAUAAUCCCUCGAUAACGUUGCUCGCAAUCGAUGGAAACCCGCUGUCAACUGUUCCUGAGGAAGCUCUAGCUCGAUUAAACGGCACUCUACGAGGCCUAAGUCUUGGCGGACGUUUCCUGGUGUGCGACUGUAAAUUACGUUGGAUUGCUAACUGGAUAAGGACGAAAGAUCUACAAGUCACGAGUCGUGAACGCAAGCCGCAAUUUUGUGGCAGUCCUCUGAGAUUACAGGAACGUAAUUUCUAUAACAUUGAUCCUGAAGAGCUCGUGUGUGAAAGACCAUCAGAAAUAAUCGGAAUAGGAACAGUAGAAAGUGUAGACACAAAAGAACCAACGGGUCCAGUAACUGGAGUAGUAGACGAAUUACUUCUUACAACUCGAGUGUCGCCUACAACUCUCUCCUCUCCUUCAUCGUCGUCAUCAUCAUCAUCAUCAUCGACUUCCUCAUUAUCGUCAUUUGCAUCAACAACAGCACAAAAGACAACCCAGAAAAUAACGACAACAACUUCAGUCGCAACAACUCCCAGUACAACAAUCGAGUUCAAGUCAACAGAAGUGACCACUCCGUCCACGGUCCAGGUAUCAACCACGCGACCUACUGCGCGGACUGGCAACGUAGUGAUAGUGCGCACAACAGUGCCACCACGUGUGCUACAUAGCUCUGAGCACGGGAGCCUGCCACAGCAUCAGCCACGUCCUCCUCUGGUGCUCGGAUCUCCUCUUUACAAGGCGAAACCCGAAAAGGACAUCAUCGUCAAGGAAGCGCUGCGUCAAGACAACUCUGUUAUUAUUUCUUGGGACAGCGAGACCACGAAUAUUCUUGGCUUCCGCGUUGUCUAUCGCUCCUUUGGCGACACCAGUUUCAAACAGGGACCGCCACUAGAAGCCAGCGAACGUGAAUUCAAAAUAAAAAAUGUUCCUGCACAAGAGUGCAUUGUGGUCUGUGUGGUUUUACUCGAAGAGACAAAUAUAACUCCAGCGAACGUGCCUUACAGCCAGUGCAAGGAAGUCCGCAAAGAAAAUUCACCGACCUCUAAUAUGGACAAAAUAACGAUAACCGCGUGCGCGGUUAUUUGCGCGACAAUUGUUCUCGUCGCGAUAAUAUUCGUGGUCGCGAUACGGGUAAGGUCUAGAAAGCUCCAUACGCUGCACAGUAUAGACCAGACAAAAAUGGGCGGCCCUAUUUCCGGACUUCCAGUCAACUGCUGCUCUAAUGUUGGACCAACGCCCAGUCCAGCUGGACCUCUAGCUUCCAUGGCUACUCUCAGUGCUUACAAUGCGCAAAAAGAGUGGGACCAAGUGUCUGCAUACAGCAACAGAAGCAUUCCCCGGCCACGAAUCUUUCCCAUUGAUCGACAAGGAUCAAUGACACGUGCAUCAUGCAUAGAUGAAGUAAGAUCACAAGCAAGUCAUUACGGAGGUAAAAUAUCAUCGCGUUCAGUAGCUGAUGGUCAGUCGCAGCACAGCUUCGGCAACAAUUCAUCCCGAUAUUUUGCCAACACUGCUCUGGCCAGCAAUCUCGUCAAUACAAGACCAGAGUUACGUCAGUCGCGACAAUCACUGGCAGCGGCAUCUGAUCGUAUGUCACGUAAUGGUUACCCAGGGAACACGAACAUGCCACCGCACGCAUCGGCGCGUCGCCAACGUCCGAGAUCGAGGAAUCGUACGAUCGAACCGAGCAGUCAUCAGCAGCAACAGCAACAGCCGCCACCACCCAGACCUGGCAGCAGAUACAGUUUAGCAGACUCAACUCACACACUCAAUAAUUACGAGGAAAGUAAUUGGACCGAUCAUGAUAUGGAUAUUUACAUGUCACGUAAUCCGACAACAAGGAGCGGUCUCGUCCCGCUUUAAAUAUUUUUUAUUUAUAAAUCGAUUAAUUAGAUUUUUAUUAUUAUUACUAUUAUUAUUGCUGUGUAUUGCUUGUGUGUUCUCAGUAAGGCACAAAUGGAGUCUUAAUAAUUAAUUAUUAGUCCGAUAAUUAUAAAUAUAAAUAGAAUUAAAUGUAUAGGACCUAUAAGUAAUUACAUCUCUUAUAUUUAAGAUAAUUAUUUUUUUAUAAUUAAAUAGUCGUUUUUAUAAAAAAAUGUACUUGUAAUAUUUAUGAUAUUUUUUUAUCAAUUGAUUAAUUCAUUUUAAUAAUUAGCUGUAGUAAAAAAAAAAUUUUUUUAAUGAGUUAUCACGUCGAGGUGAAAAAAUUAAUUGAUUUAGAUUAAUGUUUGUCCAAAGACUGUAACAUGACCGAGAGAAUUUAUUUUUAAGAUUUUAUAUUGAUUUAAUAAUAGUAAUAAUUAAUUAAUUAAUUAAUUUUAAGGUAAAUGGUAAAUUAGUUAUACCGAAGAAUGAAAUAAAAUCAAUUGUAUUUGUAAUGUAAAUUAUUAAAUAUCGAUAAUGGUGCAAUCAAAUACAAAUUUAUUUUUAUUU